UGAUGAUCUAAAUUCUAAUUUCGUCUGAAUCGAAUUCAUUAGAAGCAAUGGUAUUGGUAACAACAUCAUCUUCUUCAUCUGAGCGUGUCCCUGCAAUUGAGUUCCUUAUCCAAUCAGCUCAACUCCUGCAAGUUCCCCCCAUUGUUAAGUACUCCGCAUUGUCCUUGUUCGCUGAUCGCUUCCUUCCUUCUUUACCCGCCGACUCACCCAACUGGUUAUUGCAACCCCUCACCGAAAGCGCAUUGCAGCUGUUUGUGCUUAUGUCUCUGUGGAUUUCAAGCAAAGUAAGCCUUCAAUUUCAGUCAUUUCGAUCCAGGCUGGCACACUGUGACUCUCUUCACAUACAUCUGCAGAUGCAUGAUACUCAACCACUCUCCGCUACUUGUUUGAAGUCGUUGGCCGAUAAAUCCAUCAAGGAACAGCACUACACCACUCGAAAUUUCAUCGAAGCAGAGAUGCUCUUCAUGCAGGUGUUGAAUUUUGAGAUUGGGACAACAAAUAUUACAUUUGUGUACCUUGAAGAGCUUUGGAUUCAAUUCAAGGGAGUGACAAAAGUUGGUGAGCUGAUUGACUUCGAUGUUUGCAUGGAUGUUAUGGAUCUGCUCUAUGAAAAGGAGGAGACAUCGUUUCUUUAUAGGUCUCCUCAUUCCCUAGCUGCAUCAAUCUUGGUUGUGUCAUACAUAAUAACAGUCCCUAAACAGAAAUGGGAAUUCCCGGUUCUUGCAUGGGUCAAUUUUGUGACCUCGUAUAAGGAAGAAGAUAUCAUGAAAAGGGUGAUGGAGAUUCUCAAGCAUGUGCUUGAACCUUCUUGAGAUAUCAGGAUGAUGUCUUGAAUGAGCUGAAACGUCACAUUCUUGGUGGACUUUGGAUGUAUUUUGGGUGAUCACCAUCUAAUUCUUCCUCCUGAAUGGUGUUUCAGUUGGUGGCUGCAUAAGAAAUUAGACAUUUAGGAUUGUAAAAAGGUUUUUGGGGAUAAACAUUUAGCCAUAUUAGAGAAAAAUCUUCAGCUCAUUAAAAAUUGAAGAAAUAUUACUCAUUUACUCUUCUGUUUAUCCAGACAUUGUGAUGGAAAUUUGGUUUGCAUGAUUAGACCAGCUACUUGUCUUCUAUGGCGUGUCAAGUCAGGUUCAAUCUCCCUUGAGAAUCUCAUUUAAUUCAUCAGUUAACUAAAAAGAAUGCUUUUAAAAAAGGACCUGGUCAUGAUUGAUUUGGAGGAAAACUCUUCAAUGGUGCUUGUGUUCAAAUUCACAGUUUAU